GGGGGGCGGGAGAGGAAACUUGAGUUCGGAACUUUCGUUUUCCUGAUGUAGAUACUGAAAUGUCACGGAUGCGCGGGUUCCUUGUUAAGGCUAAAUUGCUGAGGAUUUCACCAACUUGUGAAAGGCUGGUAUAGUCACAAAGAUGUCAUUCAAUCAAAAGCCUAGAAAUGUACAUGGUGAUCAGGGAAAGAGUGAAGAGAAUGUACCUUCCGCCUCACUCAAUGCGGAGUGGAAAGUUCCGACUGAAGGCGGAGCUUCUACUAACACAGUAAACCAUAAACAUGACAGGGGUUUACAAAAACACACCGGCCUCACUGUAGCAGACUCACAGUCGGAGGUGAAUCAGACUGAGCCACAGCUCUUAAGUUAUUCUCCCUUUACAAGCGAAGUAACAAAACAAAGUAACAGUGACGUUCAGGAUGCAGAGCAAAGCAUAGACUUGGACCAGGACAAAGUUGUGCUUAGAAAAAAUACAAUGCCUGUCCAAGAUCAUCUGGAUGGAAAUGAAUGUACAAAAAGUGUCACGGUAACAGACAAAUCUGAAAAGCUCUGCGGCUGGUUAAACAAGCUGGGGAAUCGUGCAAUUGUGAAGACAUUUAAGACGCGGUGGUUUGUGUAUGGGGAUAGCACCUGCAGACUGUACUACUACCGCACACCUCAGGACCUCCUUCCUUUGGGGGAAAUCAACAUCCAUAAUGCAUCAUUUUCCUUUGAUGUCACAGACGCAGAAAGGCCAGGUCUUUUUGAAAUCAGGUCAGAUGGCCGUAGUUUCAUUUUGGAUGCCCGGAAUCAGCAGACAAUGAUGUAUUGGCUGAAGGAACUACAGAAUAAGCGAAGACAGUACAGUGACAAACGAACAUCUUUGUCCAAGUCACGAGUUAGUCUGCUUUCAGCCAAUCAAAAGUCAUUAGAACAAGGCCUCUUAGCAAGACAGAAAAGCCUUAGCAAUGGAACCAGCACAGAAGGCAACUUAGAUAACAGUUUAGAAGUGACAGCCCAUGUGACUUCUCCAGACUUUCUGAUCGGUGAGACCUCAGCAUCAAUGCCCCCCAGCAACACAGCGGUAACCAGUCUCUCACUGACAAACUUCAGAACAGAAAUAAGAAAUUACUUCGCUGGCCUGAGAUCGCCCAAUAAGGAUUUUUAUGCAGUUUAUGGCAAAUCUGAGGAUGACGAGUGGUCCAUCAUAAGCACUCCAGACAGGCAUACACCAACUGCUACUAAAACAUCACCAGUCACCCCACAGAGCACUACUCCAGCCGGAGCCACAAGACCUACAGGAUUCGACAAAAAAUUCUCAUUUUCAAAUUUCAAAAAGAUGUUAAAGAAAGGAAACGGUGAAGAAAUGGACAUUUCCCCGCCCUGGGGGAAUUCUUUAGAGGCUUGUCAACAGUGUUCCAAGUUGAAGACUUACCUGUGUUCCCUGAAGGAGGAACUCUCGUCUGUAGAAGAGGAACUUCAGGCAAACCGUGAAGUCACCAAGCUGCUACAGAAGGAAAUUGACAAAUUACAACAUGAAGUCUGCUCACGAGAUGAAGUCAAUUCACUAAAUGGAGAAUCCCCUGAAGCCCUUCUCAAGCGGAGAGAUGACAAGAUUGUGGACCUGGAGUAUCUGCUAGCUAAAACACAAGAGGAAAAGGAGAUGAUCAGACAGCAAAUCAGAGUUCAAGGGGAUACAAUUGACACUCUCAAAGAUCAGGUGAACAUGUACCAAGAAAUGCUGACAGCCAAAGAUGAUGUCAUCAUGAGCCUGACCAAUCAGGUGUUUGACCUUGAAAAAGGUCAGGGGUCAAAUUCCAACCAAUCCUGUCUCCCCACAUCGCCACCUAUGUUGAGAGUUUUCACAGAUGCGACAGAGGUUGAAAGGUUAAAGGACUCCUGUCAAGCAUACCAGAUGCAGAAUAAGUUCCUGUCAAAGGAAAUCCUGGAACUCACUCAGCUGAGGCAGAAUGAUGAGCGUAGGGAAAACCUGUUGCAGAUGCAGUAUGCAAACCUGGAGGCGACAUUCUAUCAGACUCGAAGCAAGUACUUGUUCCUGCUGAAUGAGUUGAAAACACCUGUCAGAGGAGGAGAAGAAGGUCGAUCUCAGGAUGUAAUUAAUCAGCUGUUAUCUGAUGCACUGGACUCAGAAGACGAUUCUGUUAAACCAGAGGACUUUCUCUCCUCACAAAACAGUACGAUAGAAUAUGAUCGGUAUGGAUUCCUGAGGCAACAUGAUGCUGAUGAAGAUGUACUGGUUACCAGGGCAACAGAGUUACAACGACGCUCCAGGGAGUUAGAAAUCCAGAUCAAAGAAGUUGACCAGUCUGCAGGUGUAUCUCAUCAGGUUAAAUGGGAGAACUUUAUGGUGAGUCUAGGGGAGAGACCUUUGCAGAGAAGCCCAGAGCUGAAGGCACUAGUGAGAGGGGGAAUCCCCCACCAGUACAGAGAGCCAAUAUGGAAAGGGUGUAUAAAUUUACAUAUCCAGUCCAAGCCAAGCAACCACUAUCAAAACCUAGUCAAAAGUUCUGAGAAGAACAAACACAAUCCUGCUGCUAAACAGGUUGAGCUUGAUCUACUGCGGACACUCCCCACCAACAAGUAUUAUGAGGCCAUGGACAGUGAAGGGAUCACCAAGUUACGCAGAGUGCUGUUAGCCUACAGCUGGCAUAACCCUGACAUAGGCUACUGUCAGGGUUUAAAUCGAUUGGCUGCCAUUGCCCUGUUAUUUUUGAGUGAAGAAGAUGCUUUCUGGUGUCUGGUGGCCAUCGUGGAGGUGAUCAUGCCACAGGAGUAUUACACACGGACACUGAUGGCAGCACAGGCUGAUCAGAGGGUUUUGAAGGAUCUUCUGCAGGAUAAGCUGCCACGUCUCACGCUCACUGGACAAUAUGAUGUUGACCUGUCGCUUUUCACAUUUAACUGGUUCCUCACCAUUUUUGUGGACAACAUUCCCCCAGAGGUGUUCUUGAGAGUCUGGGAUGUCUUUCUGUAUGAAGGGAGUAAGGUACUUUUUCGGUUUGCCCUGGCCAUUUUUAAGUACAAAGAGGAGGAGAUAUUAGAACUGAAUUCAUCAAUUAACAUCAACAAGUACCUGCGUGUGAUUGGAGGGAAGAUGACUGAUGUUCGCAAACUGGCUGAGAUUGCAUUCCACGAGUUGAACCCUUUCCCACGCCGGGUUGUCACAGCACGGAGACACUUACAGAUGAUACAGGUCAAGGCACAGCUGCGGGAGCUUGAUGCAUUACGGCAGGACUUCCGCAGUCACAGCAUUCCAGCAGAUAGAGUGGAGUACUACAGCGAUGAUGAGGCAGAGGGGGAAGAGGAGAGUAAACAGGUGCCCCCUGUGUCUGUCACAGUGGCAUAAAGCUGACAACAAACUUCAAUUCCACACCAUGGAUGUGACAGAGGGGGAGGAGGAGAG